GCUGGAGCAAGAGGCUCGCAAGAAUUAACUCAUGAGUUAGAAGUGGAAUUUAUAGAUCCAAGUAUUCUAUAUGAAGAACGGCUCAAGGUUGAAAACCAACAAAAAAACCGUUAUUUUGAGAUUGUUGAACAUUUUCUCAACAAUAUCAGAGUUUUAGCUAAUAAAGUCCUUUGA